GAGUACUCAAUCUGUGUCACUCACUCCUGGGAGCCUGCCUUCUCACUCCAGGACUGCAAAAGAAGCAAUCACCAAAAUGAAGACAGUUUUAAUUUUGCUCAGCAUUUUGGGAAUGGCCUGUGCUCUUUCAAUGAAAAAUUUGCAUCGAAGAGCCAAAUUAGAGGAUUCUGAAGAAAAUGGGGUAUUUAAGUACAGGCCCCGAUACUAUCUUUAUAAGCAUGCCUACUUUUAUCCUGCUCUAAAACGAUUUGCAGUUCAAAGCAGUAGUGACUCAUCUGAAGAAAAUGGAAAUGGUGAUAGCUCAGAAGAGGAGGAGGAAGAAGAGGAGACUUCAAAUGAAGAAGGAAACAAUGGAGGGAAUGAAGAUUCUGACGAAAAUGAAGAUGAAGAAUCAGAGAAUGCCACCCUUUCCACUACCACACUUGGCUAUGGAGAGAUUACACCUGGAACUGGAGACAUAGGUCUAGCUGCCAUCCGGCUUCCCAAGAAGGCUGGGGCUACAGGAAAG